AUGGAUGAAAAUGAGCCAACAUCCCCCAGUAGCUGUCCUAGUCCAAGCUUCAAAGGGCGGCUCAAUCUGCAGGACUUCGUCUAUAAGAACCAGGGUCUCGCCACGAGUAGUACUCGAGCCGCCCGCUUGACAAAUAGGAAGCAACCAACACCCAUCUCAAGCUCCGUCUCGUCCGCUCCAACGUCCGCGUCAAACCCAAGCAGGGCCUCGAAACGGAAACAUGCUACCGAGGAGGACUCAAGCCCUUCCAAAAAGCGCGUCAGACCCCCGUCAACCUACGCGCCGCCAUCAACAUAUGCCCACCUCUCACCCCUUACAGACGCUCUCCACCCGCAGAUGUUCGUGCUCUUCAUUGGGCUGAACCCGGGUGUCGAGACGGCGCGGACAGGUCAUGCUUACGCCCACCCUACUAACCUAUUUUGGCGGCUGCUGCACGGCUCCAACAUCACCACUCGCCUCUGCCGGGCUGCUGAGUACGCGUCGCUGCCGGACUUUGGCUUCACCAACAUCGUCGCACGUCCCAGCCGCAACGGUGCCGAGCUUGCCAAGCAGGAGCUAGACGCCGGUGUGUCUAUUCUGGAGGACAAGAUCCGAACUUGGAGGCCCCAGGUCGCCUGCAUAGUCGGCAAGAGCAUAUGGGAAUCGAUCUGGAGGGUACGGCACGGUAGGGGUAUUAGGAAGGAGGAGUUCAAGUACGGCUGGCAGGAUGAGGAUGAACGAAUGGGCUAUCUACGCGCCCAGGAUGAUGCAGAAGAUGUGGCCGAGGGCGUGGUCCCCUCGCCGGAUUGGAACGGCGCCAGGGUCUUUGUUGCUACGAGCACCAGCGGGCUUGCAGCUACUCCGCCGCUCAAGGACAAGCAACGGAUAUGGGGCGAGCUGGGCGCAUGGGUUGAGCAAGAACGUGCGAGCAGGCUGGCACGAGUAGAGAAUGAGAAUGACGGAGGUUGAAUUACUUGGAACAAAUCCUAAUAUAUACUUGUUGAAUUAGAUAUCCGAUGUAUUACUGUGUACGCACAAUCUACGUGCGCUCCAUAUCCAAUAUGGCAGAACAG